AUGUCUACCACUCAUCCUCCUCCUACAACGACCCAUGAAACCAAGGUGGCCGAGGCAGACUACACGUCGUGUUCGCAGUCUGAACUAAUUGCGCGCAUUGCCCACCUCGAAUCCCAGCUGCGCGACCAGACGGCUCGUUUGGUGAAUUUCACACUGUCAGGUCACAGUAGCAGCACGGCGGCCACGGCCACUGCUCGUCCCAACGGCUCCGUAGUGCGGGCACACCGCGCUCAGCGAGAACAACAACGCCGCAGCCGCAGCCGCAGCCGGACUCCGUCUCCACGGCGCGCCCGCCCCUUUGAUCCAAGUGCGUACUCGACGCGGCACAUCGCCUUGAAAUUCGCGUACCUGGGCCACCGGUACAAUGGGUUCGAACACGCCAACGGCAACGUCACGCCAGCCCCGACGAUCGAGGAGGUUCUGUGGAAAGCCCUCCGCAAAGCGAGGCUGAUCAGCCCGCCUCUUUCAGACGGGGCGGACACGAGCGUCGACGUGGUGUGGGAUGAGAAGGAACGGAUUGCACGGUACACGCGCGGAGACGACCCGCUCGACUACGAGGAGGGCAAGGUCCGGCUAGAACUGAACUGGGAUGGGUGCGAGUACAGUAAAUGCGGACGCACGGACAGGGGAGUCAGCGCUUUCGGGCAGGUUGUCGGAGUGCGUGUUAGGAGUAAUAGGCCCCUUGAGAAGGAGGAGGUGGUGCAAGCCGAAGAACACGACUGCGCACGGAAUAAGGAUGCAGACGAAGACGACCAAGAACAAGAACAAGGAGUUGGCGAACGGACAGAGGAAGGAGAAGAAGACAUGUUUGGAAUGAUGGUUGGGGAUCCCGGAAGCGAAUCGGACACAGAAUCAAAAAUAUCAAAACAGUCCUUCCACCCGGUCAAAGACGAGUUAUCAUACAUAUCUAUACUGAAUGCGAUCCUGCCACCGGAUAUCCGCGUGUUGGCCUGGUGUCCGGACCCACCGGCAACGUUCGACGCGCGCUUCUCCUGCCGCGAAAGACGGUACAAGUAUUUCUUCACAAACCCGUCCUUUUGUCCUACGCCUGGAGCGUUGGGUCUCAAGAACGGUAUGCGCGAAGGGUACCUGGACAUCGACAAGAUGCGGGUGGCGGCGAAGAAGCUGGAGGGGUUGCAUGAUUUUCGAAACUUGUGCAAGAUCGACGCGAGCAAGCAGAUGGCUAGCUGCGAGAGGCGGGUGACGUUUGCCGACGUGGUCAGGUUUGAAGAUGAAGGCGGCGUAUCUGCACGAUCAGAGAUGAGCCAGUUCGGGAUCGGCAGUCCUGCGCCACCGCCCACGACAGCCCUAAAGGCAGGACCGGAAGUAUACACGUUCUGCGUACACGGAACUGCUUUCCUGUGGCAUCAGGUCCGAUGUAUGGUCGCUAUACUCUUCCUUGUCGGCCAGGGCCUGGAGCAACCGAGUGUCGUCGACGAAUUGCUCGACAUCGAGAAGAACCCCGGUAGACCGAUGUAUGAGAUGGCAGAUGACGCGCCCCUGGUCCUCUGGGACUGUGUUUUUCCACCAGACGACAAUGGUGAUAAGGAAAUGGUCGACUCUCUCAACUGGCUCUAUGCGGGCGACGAAGCGACGUUGCCUUCUCUGACGACCAAGGGAGAUGGCAAGUUCGGCGCAGGUGGCGUCGUCGAUGAACUAUGGACCGUAUGGCGCGAAGCCAAGAUGAAAGAGAUCUUAGCGGGGAGUCUGCUCAAUUUGGCCAUCGGUCAGGGCGACGGGAGUUCGUUGCGAAGAGGAGCCCGGAAGGACGUAAAUCACCCGCCUGGUCGAAGCCAGAAAGUGUUUCAGGGAGGCGACAACGCGAGAAUUGCUGGCAAGUAUGUCCCCGUCAUGCAGAAGCCCAAAAUGGACUCUUUGCAAGUAUUGAAUGGAAAGUUCGCCAGCGGAAAGAAGGUCCGACGUGAUGCGAGGAAUGGCGAGGCCGGUGGCGUGUAG